AUGAAAAACCACCCUGGGUCCACCUCGCAGUUCCUCUUUCCUGAUUGGAACGGAGCCACACUGACAGAGGACCUGACAGAGGACCUGACAGAGGACCUGACAGAGUCCCUGACAGAGUCCCUGACAGAGUCCCUGACAGAGUCCCUGACAGAGGACCUGACAGAGGACCUGACAGAGGACCUGACAGAGGACCUGACAGAGGACCUGACAGAGUCCCUGACAGAGUCCCUGACAGAGUCCCUGACAGAGAACCUGACAGAGGACCUGACAAAGGACCUGACAGAGAACCUGACAGAGGACCUGACAGAGGACCUGACAGAGAACCUGACAGAGGACCUGACAGAGGACCUGACAGAGGACCUGACAGAGAACCUGACAGAGGACCUGACAGAGGACCUGACAGAGGACCUGACAGAGGACCUGACAGAGGACCUGACAGAGGACCUGACAGAGGACCUGACAGAGGACCUGACAGAGGACCUGACAGAGGACCUGACAGAGAACCUGACAGAGAACCUGACAGAGGACCUGACAGAGGACCUGACAGAGGACCUGACAGAGGACCUGACAGAGGACCUGAGAGAGGACCUGAGAGAGGACCUGACAGAGGACCUGACAGAGGACCUGACAGAGGACCUGACAGAGGACCUGACAGAGGACCUGACAGAGGACCUGAGAGAGGACCUGAGAGAGGACCUGACAGAGGACCUGACAGAGGACCUGACAGAGGACCUGACAGAGGACCUGACAGAGGACCUGACAGAGAACGAGGACCUGACAGAGGACCUGACAGAGAACCUACAAAGAACUUGA